AUGCCCCAACAACUCUUGGCCGAAUAUCAGUUGGGGAGAUUUUUAGGAGCAGGCGCCUUUACAGAAGUCUACGAAGCAACAAAUAAGAUGUCUGGGAGGCAGUAUGCAAUUAAGUUUUUACCCAAAGACGACUUUGAUCCCAUUCUCCAGUAUUCGUUUGAAUCAGAAACCGCUCCCCAUCUGUCGCAUCCGCAUAUUGUUCGGUAUUUUUCAUCGUUCGAUGUACCUCCAGGUGGGACACCGCCAGCGUUGGCUAUUGUCAUGGAACUAUUUGGGCAUCGACUACGUACAUAUAUGGACACCUUUGGACGGCCGACACUUGAAACUGCGCUGCAAUGGACGCGACAGCUGGCUAGCGCUUUAAUCUAUCUUCAUGCCCGAGGCAUAAGACACGGCGACGUCCGACCGUCAAAUGUCCAUGUUGAUGGCUCAAUUGCCAAGCUGGUAGACCUGGGAAUGGCGAGACAUGUGGGGGGAGAGGGGGAAGAUUCACUUGAUGUGCUCGGUGAGGAUGUGAGGGGAUUGGCCCGAGUUUUUAUCGAAAUGCUGGUAGGUCGAGUGGCAAAAGAUGGCGAAUUUGACACGAGCCACAUUGAGGGUCUGAGAUUACUGGAUAAGCAGGGAACAAAGAUUCCAGCUGAUUUGAGAAAGGCUCUGCAUUCUAUCUUCGACAGCACACCGCCAACAGCUACUCAGUUUAGGGCUAUGCUAUUCAAGGAACUCUGCCUGCUUAAGCCUGGACAAACUGAUAGGGAUAAUGCCCCAUUCGGUAAGGCAGACCAACGAGUAUCACUGUUGAAUAUCUUCUUUGAUGAAUCCUCCCCGGACAGAUACACUAAUGACACCUGCUACAUCCUCGCUGCAAGCAACCUUGUGAUUGUUUGCCCAGGAAUGUUUCAGUCGCCAUUAUCUGAAGAAAGGAGUCAAUCUCAUAAUCAGCAGCAAGCAACCGCAAGAAACUUUGGCACAAUAUACCGUACUUCGUCACUAGAACCUGCUACGGCUUCGGAAGGCGACCGUAGUAAUCGUAGCAGUACCGCGUCGGCAACCAAGAACCAAGAAGAGUCGAGAACCAGUGUUGCGGCGUCCGGCAACUCUACCAUCGUCAACUCCUCUCAACUUGGCAGUGUACGCUCUUCAGUACAGGGAGAAAUAACAUCACAAGGACGCAGUCAAUCGUCGACUACAGGCUCUGACUAUCGGUCUUCGGCCUACGACGGUAGUGACGGUCAUCUGGAGGUCCGACGUGCACUCUCCGCUAACUUCGUACCUGUUCGAAAUCCAAGCGCGGUUACCCAUCGAUCAUUUUCCAGACUACCCAAGAACUGCAAUACGGUCUAUCCAGUAGAUUCAUUCGACCAAUCAAAGGGUUCUAUUCUGCCAAUCGCCAAACUGACAAACGAGAUGCCACCUGUUACUAAAUCAACCGGCGAGGAGACUGCUACAUCAAAAUCAAGCAAUGGAACGAGAGCGGGCUCUCUCAUUAUCAAAUCUGCUGUUAUUGGGAAUGUAUCCACUCCUCGUCAACUCCCACCUAGUCAUCCUCGAGGUCGAUCACUCCUCGCCGCCGGCUCGAGUGCCGUGAACAUAUGGCGUUACUCAAUACGCGAAACCUCUCGUCAGAAAUCGCAAUUUUGUAUAGGGUGCACGUCUGUUUGUCUCGUAGUCUUUGCUACAGCGGUGCUUAUGAGCGUCAUGACAAUCAUGCCCGUCGUGUUUUUAACUAUUGCCGAACGAACAGCGGGAGAAACAGACUUGACAACUUGGACUCGAUGGGGUUCCGGAUACACCCGGCUCAACUACACUCUUGCACGAACAUUGCUGACUGACAAGAGCACACUGUCGUAUCAUACACCGCGGGUCACUGAUCAACACCUGUCUUUCUACAAGGCAAAAAAUUGCCAAGAAUGGAACUCCCAGAACCCGACCGAGAAUGGUUUCACCUACGUGGGCCCACCCCUGCAACCAUUAGAUAGUCCCGCUGUGGCAGCAACUAAACAAAGCACUCAAAACAGUUGCAAUGCCGAUCCCAAUAACUGCGUUACGAGGAUGUGUUCGGGUUCGGUUUCUGUGAGCACUUGGAUCAUCGAUUCUGAACGCGAACAACGGUUUGGAAUAGGAAGAGCGUGGAAACUAGGGCCAGUUCCUAAGGAUUCAGUAUACCUCGGCGCACUCCUUGCAAAUUCUCUGAGGGUAUCAGAGGGUGACUGGGUUAUAAUGAGCUACGACAGUAGCGUGUUUGACUCCGUCUAUAAACAAACUAAGGCAGCUUCGAUAACUGACCCGACGUUUGCCGACGCCACAAUAGUGAAUAUACCAUUGAAAGUGGCUGCUGUCUUUGACGAAACUGAAACGAAUAAGUUUCCGCAAUGGGUGAGGACUGAAUUUAUAGCUGUUCUCGAAUAUGGGACGAUAUUAGAGAGCGUGGCACCUUACUAUCAUCCUCGGUAUCCAAGCUCCUUCCGACAAGCAUUGACAGAAGCGUCGAAAAACGGUGCACAGUACGGAGAAGCGGGCUCAAUCGUAUUUGCCUGUGAUCAACCACGACAUCGGUGUUAUCUUGAUAGCAACUUUGGCAGAGUGGCCAACGAAAUGAUCAAAUGGGCGUCAAAUAUUAAAUAUCGGCUUGGAAUUAAUCUUUUAGAAGCUAGCCUUGACACACUAGACUCUCUGGAAGGCGUCAGCAAGUUUUCUCAGUUCCUAUCUCUAAUCUCGUCAAUUGUGGUGGCAUUGUUUGUUGGAUUAUCUUGUUUCUUGAUAUACAACCUGUUGAUGGUUUCGGUUGAAACAAGAACGUUUGAGCUGGGGAUUUUGAGAAUGGUCGGACAAACUCGAAAGGGUAUUAUUGAAAUGCUCCUGGUCCAAGCAGCGACGUACUCCGUUCCCGCUUGGGCAAUCGGCCUGAUGCUCGCUCAACUGUUGUUUGGAUUAGGAAAGCGAUUUUUGGAGAAGAUUGCUACCGUUCAAAUCGCUCCAUGGCUAAGCCCUCCAUCCAUAGCUUUGGCCACAGUCUUAGGAAUCGCAGUUCCUAUCAUCGCAGCGAUUCUUCCAAUUCGACAAGCCCUUUCAGGAAAUCUUCGAGAUUCCCUUGAUAAAAGACAUAGUAGAGUGAAACCGGUGAUCAUUUCGAUUGAACGUAGCGGGCCGGGGUCCUUGAAAGACGUCUUCCCGUUGGCUUUUACUGGAGCAUUGCUUGCAGGCCUCGGGUUUUGCAUUUAUUAUCUAGUUCCGAAAGCUCUCAUCGAUAACAAUCUCGAGAUGCUAUUCAACAUCUUUAUCGCGUUGCUUCUCGGAAUGUUGUUUGGCUUGGUCAUGUUGAGCUUCAACAUCCAACCCCUUGCUGAGAAGUUGCUACUUACAUUAAUGCUGAUGAUUGCAUUCUUUGAAAAUGCUGCAAUUCAUUCUUUAGUUGCACAAAAUCUGAUUGCUCAUCGUAUGCGGAAUCGAAAAACUGCGACGAUGUUCUCUUUCUCGAUCGCCUUUAUCAUCUUCUUGUCUGUCAAUCUUGGUGUCGAGCUACAUGCCAUGGAAUUCAAUCAGAUGAUACGGAUAGGUGGUCAGCUGCGAUUAUCGACCAGUGCGGACGGUGGAAUACCGUCGAACAUUGUGGCUCAGGUCGAUACCCUUCUGAAUCAGUCAAAGCCGUUCGUGAUUGAUUGGGCUGUCACAUCGACUCCAAUACGAAGCUUUGUAUCUACCGUGGAAGAUACUGAAGUUGCGAAUCUAGGUCGAAUAGUUUCUUACGAGAUUGAUGUCGAGGCAGUAUCGCCCAAUUGGCUCAACAUACCACAACCAGACAAUGCUCUUUUGAUUGUGCAUGAAGCGGACCCUGUUCUAUUAACGGAAUACAAGUCGAUCUCCGAGCAGAUGUACACGGCCAAAGGGCAUCGCUCGGCAGCGAUAAGUACAAUACUGCACAAGGACUUGGCAAUUCAGUCGCUCGAUGGCGGCCGAACGAAUUUUAGCGAUCCUUUUCUCCUGAAAACGACAGUGACCGGUGGAGGCAAUAGGGUCGUAGAAUAUAGUAUUCUUCAACCACUUGCAUUCCUAGAUUCCGCACCCUACGCAUCCAUGACAAAAUUCCCAGCCAUUGGACGGACAACCGCCCUUGUUUCGUUCCCGACGCUGGUCGAUCUGUCUAACGGCCGAAUUACAUCCGUUGAGGAGGUACCAAUUCGCAGCAUACAUAUUGCUCUAGACACUAACGCCGCGAAUUACGACUCGAAGCUUCGAAAUUUGGCUGAUGCAUUGACAAAUAUAGUGCGAACGAGCACUGUAACUCUAAAGACUCUUGCAAAAGAACUCGCUGACAUUCGUUCUUCGCGGGCACUUUUAAGCACCAUAUUUAAUAUUGCGACGCUGUUGGUUAUGCUUAUUACGUUAUUCAGUCUCAACGGGUGCAUGUAUACGAACAUAACAGAGCAGGGGAAGGAACUCGGAGUGAUCCGCGCUCUGGGCCUUACGAAAUGGGGAAUAUUUCGAUUAUAUACUUAUGAAGCCUUUGUCCUCACCUGCACAUCUGGAAUCCUUGGAACGUUGAUAGGUGCUGCAAUUGGAUGGUCUAUGGCCGCCCAGCGUGCCAUCAUGACCCAAGUCCCUAUCGCUUUUCCAUUUCCAUGGGAUAUCACAGGAGUCAUCAUUGGUGCCUCCCUUCUCUCUGCCUUGGCUUCAACGACGAGUCCGGUAUACAGCUUGGUCGCCAAAAAGAAAAUAGUGGCGGUUUUACGUGAAUGACAGCCGAUAUGCAUGAACAAUUUUAAAUAUUACAAUUAUAAUUACAUUCUUAUACUUAGAUCUAUCUCUGCAACCCACACAGUCCUUUGAU